GUGGUGGGGGUGGGGGGGAUACCUUGAGCCUCGGUUCCUUUGUCUGGCUGCGGCUGGUGGGUCGGCGAUGGGGCAGUGCCAGAUCCGGGGGUCUCACUGGCAAAGCUUUGUGCUGGGAGCUGGCGUUUGACCGCCCCUGUCCCGGGAUGUUUAUUGUUCUGACGCCCGGCGAUCUGGAUCUGGGAGCGCCUUGAUCGAUUGGACACGGCCCCCGUUGCAAGGGGGAGGGAGCGGUGAACAUGUACCCGGCUCUGAGCUCCUUCUACUGGGCGCCUGUGGCCGUGACGGGCUGGGAGCUGUGCUGUCCGGAGGCCGGCGGCAGGCCGUUCACGGCCGGCGUCCAGACACCCUUGGAAGGGGGAGCGGGAGAGGGUAGCUCGGCCACAGCGGGCUGUGGGGUAGGACGCACGGCGAGCCCUAGCUCCGGGCAGAGGAAGGGCUGCAGCCCCGAGGAGAUCCACUUGGCCGAGUGGGGGUCGGAGAUACUCCAGCGGGAGAGGGAGGCUGCCAGGGAGGUGGAGAAGCAAGAGAGGGAUGAGCGGCAGGCGACGGACAUCACCCUGAAGUACAUCCGUCCGGACCAAUGUUUGAAGUACAUCAGGGUGUGUGUGGACCCUGCUAUUCUGCAGGAGGCUGGCGGCUACGUGUUGCUGGAUGUUUUGAACUCGCUGGAAUCAGAGUAUAGCAUUGAGCAUCAGUCUGUGCCUUCCACCAUAACAUGGAGAAGAGAAUUACCUCAAGAUAUAUUGGAUGAGCUGUCUGAUGAGGCCAAAUUCGUGUACAAGUCUAAGGAGGAAAAUCAAAUUCUGGUGCUGCUUUCACCAAAUUACUUCCUUAACAUGGUGUGGUCACAUAAACAGAAAAUGAAAGGCAUUUUCAUGGAAAACAUCUGUGAAACAUUUGACAGCUUCAUAAUCAGAGUUCUGGACAAGCGGUUUCAUAGAAAAGCCACAUUGGCUGUCAUUGGCUUGGAUACCUACACAAGGGAAAAGGGGCUUUACAGCCCAGUGAAAAGGCAACAGAAUUCAGAAAACAACACUGAUGAAGAUUCAGAGUCUUGGGUUAGCAAGGAGCUUGGGUUGACCUGUGCAGAUUUGGAUGAGGUACAGGUGGCAUUACAACUGCAAACACACACAACAGUUUGGUUCUUAGAGAACUGGCAACAAUUUGCCGAUCAUGUUGCAACACUUACAAAGGCUAUAGCCCGAUCUCCUUUCAAAAAGCAGACUGAGAAAAUGACCUUCUCCUUCUGCCCUGAUGGAACGUGGUCCACUGGUGUGAAAGUGGACAAGGAUGGAAAGGGCCUCCUGAAAUUGUGGAAAAAACAGCUGCAGCAGCUCAACAGGAUCACCCAACCAGUGGCAAUGGCAAUAGCACAAGCCUACCCUACACCACAGCUGCUCGUACGGGCUUAUAGACAAUGCACUACAGAAUGGGAGAAGCAGAAUCUGUUAUCAGAGGUUAAAGUGGAAGCUGGAGGAAAACGUGUGGAUCGACGUGUUGGACCAGAUAUAUCCCGCAGGUUGUACAUUUUCAUGACCUCAGAAAAUUCUGACAUAGUCUUGGAUAAAAGUGGUUAAAUAGAUCAGAUGAAAACAGAAUGGUGCAUUUUAUGAACUUUUUAUAUAAAAUACAUUAGCAGGGUUGUCUGUAUUUAAAAACAGUUUAGCAUUAGCAGUAUGUUAUAGAAGCUUUAUUUGUGAGCUCUAAACUGAUUUUAUUAAAACAGUUACUGUUUGUUAAUCCAUUACAAGAAAUUGAAAGCGUCACAGACCAGUUUUUAAUUCAAUAUACAAUACGUAGCUGCUCACACAGAAAUAUUGUAUGAUGGUAACAAAAGCUGUUAAUGCAAGUCAAAAUUCUAGAAUAAUGUUUUCACAACAUUGACAUGUGGGUCCAACAAGAACAUUUAUGGAAAGGGGUUGCCAAUUAAAUUAAAAUCUAAACAUAGUUACAUAGAUUAACACAAACCCUGUUGACUGAUACACGUCUUCAGCAGAUAGGGAGCAGUGGAGAGAGAAUUCACACAAGUCUGACUUUAGGCACAUCAUUUUCUGGAAGUUAAAGAAUUGAUACACUUUGAAGGAGGGUGCCCAUUGUUGAAGACCAUUUUUCCAGCCACAGGAUCGCUGCAGAGAUUCCACAGAGCAGCGUCAUAGGCCCAACCACCAAAGGCUCAUCAACUGCAGUUUUUCUAUCAAGUGGGGAUUCCACCCUGUUCAAUUCCAUUUGCCACUCAACAGUAAAUGACAGUUCUAGAUUGCAAAUGGUGCAACAUUCAGGCAUGGGAUGAUAAAUGACAAGUACCAUUCACAUUAGGCAAUAAUUCCAGGCACCUACUCACUUACGCUUUACUUUCAACACCAUCAAGUUUCCAAAUAUUUAACAUGGUGGGUGGCACUAUAGAACAGAAGAUCAAUUGGGCCAGCUGAAUGUGUAUGCAUUGGCUGCAAGAGGUCAGAAGCUGGUUAUAAAGAGUUAGAACAAUUAAAAGUAAAAAUAAUGUGGGUGUAAGUACUAUGGCUUCAAAAGGCUGGGCAUUUGCAGCAAGCAAAUCACCUUCUGAGACCUCAGAGCACAAGUCAGGAGUGUGAUAGAAUUCUCUCCACCUAUCUGGAAGGGUGCAACAGCAACACUGAUACACGAUGUAGAAUGAAGCAAUCUACUUGAUUGGAUGUCUAUUCCACCUCCUUGAAUACUUAUUGCUUCCAACUUUAAAAUUCACUCUAAACACUCAACUAAACUGCUCCCAAAUGCAAAACCCGUACCACUAAGACAGACGAGUGGUUGCAGUUGCAUGAAAAAGUCCUUAAAGAUCCUGAAGUGGAAAUAUCACCUCCUUUACUGAUGCCAGAUCUAAAUCUAGAACCUAUUCCCUAUGGUGCUGUAGAAGCACCAUCACCAGAAUUGCAGCAGCUCAAGGUAACCACUCAGUAGCUCAAAGAGGAGACAUGGCCAGGUUCACCUUCUUACUAAAUCGAAGCAAAUCAGUGGCAUAUUAUCAACUGAUGGGACCUAUGCUUCCCAAAGAAUUCAGAAUCAUUGGGUAGCGUCUUCAUUGAGUUUGUUGUAAGUUAUAAAUCUCUCAGAAUUUACUGUGUUACCAUCUGGCACAGCAAAUAAUCAGUGGAAAAGCCAAUAAGCCAUCAACUGUAUUGGGUCAUACCCACAUCAGCUUUGACAUGUCGUACAGGGAAAAUACUUUUCAGUUUAAGAAAAAGGCACUUAAUCUUGCAUGGAAACUGCAAGACCCUGUUUUAAAAGCUUGGCACUUGUAGCAAAUCCACAAAUAAAUUGAACAAAAUUUAUGCGAUAAUUUGAGUUUUAAUGAUGAAGACCAAUUGUUUAGACCAUAUGAAAAUCUACUUCACCAAUGAAAUAGUGCAAUGUUCCAAAAUUUCAGACUUUAGAUAGCAUGAAAUGCUAGACUAGAGGAAGCGAGUAACUGGCCACAUGAGCUUUAUCUAGGUAAUUCAAUUUUAAAUGUCAUUGAGCAUUGAGAUUUUCAAUUCAAAAUAAUGGUUUAUGAAAAAGUAAGGGUGAUAGGCUGCUUAAAAUACAAGUGCAUACAUACUAAAAUACUAGUAUAUUGGUUUGGUAUUUAAAUAGUUUGUGUAAUCCCUUCCAUUUGGUCACUACCUAGCACGAGAAUAGUAAACUGCUGAUACCUCAGCUCCCAGUUCUCUGCUCCAAUUAGGGACUUUUAACUACUUUAAACUUUUAACUGCUUUCCACUGCAGGAUCACCACCACUGGAGUUGAGGCCUCAUUAAUACAGGAAGUGGAUAAAAUAACUGUUCAAAACUGAAGUUAGGUUUACACUCCUAAAUACUGCCAUGUCCUUCAUUGCUGCCAAAUUUACAAACCAAUGUAAAUUAAACAAUUAAAAUCACAACUAUGAAUUAAAAAAGGGACCCAAUCAAAAGAUUGGCGUUAACUACAUUUUACCCUAAAGGCAAGAUUAAGUUUUGCUGGAAAACUGUUGUAAGCACAUUAGUAAGAAAUAUUGGAGGAAACUCCAUUAAAUUUCUAUGAACAAGUAUUUAAGAUGAACUUGAAAAAAGAAUUUGAAAAGAAAAAAGCAGGAUUAAAUACGAUGGAAGUGAAUAGCCCUGGGAAUUAUUUAUAGGGAUGAAAUUCAAGUUACCGUGACAAUCAAUGAUGUUAGUCUCUUUCAUUUCAAGAAGUCAGAAGCAAUUCAGAUUCCAGUAGGAAUGACCUGUUUUGAUUGGGAGCUGCUUAAAGCUUGUCCACAUUACAUGAGCAAACAAGCUUUGGUUUUAAAACUGGUCCACCUACUCUGGAGUGCCAAAGUUUGUGACUUGAUUAGGACAAGGUUUAUAUUUAGGCAAUGCUACAAGAGAAAAAUGAACCAUGUGAAGGUGCUAACUAAGAAAUUAGCUUACAGAAAUUAAGGAAGCAAAGAAUAAGAUUAACCUUAAAAUUGUUUUAGUUCAGAUCUGGUCAGGUAUAAAAUUAAACCUGUCCCAAAUGAAACAUUGCCAUCAUCAGUCUGAACUCAAAUUAUGUUUUAUGUUAAUAACUGAGCACAAAUUGAAAAUUAAUCAGUAGUCAGAUACAGGUCAAGUAACCAGCUUCAAUUCCUGUUUUGAUUUAUGAACCCUAGGUUUCCAAAUCAGUAAUAACAAAGUUAUUGAUAACAUUUAAGUGAGGAAGCCAUUUCAAUGUGAUCUAAAAUAGGAACUUGAGUGUAAAAGACAGACAAAAGGGCAGGUUAAUGAGCUAAUAAACUUCUCUGAAUUCUAUCUGCAAAGAAAAUGUUUGGAGCAAUUUUUACAAUAAGUAGUGGAUGAUUAAAGAAAACAAAAACGAUGAGAAAACCUUUUCUCUUGUAUAUUAAGAAAAGCACCAGAUUUUUUCCAUUAAGGGGAGUGUAAUGUUCAAGUUUCCUAAAUUUCUUUAAUGUGGCCGACAGCCUCUGGAAUUCUGUAUCUCCAUUCAAUAAGUAAUGGAGUUACUUAAACAACAUUCAAAAUAUACAUUAAUUGUCUAAUGGUAGAAUUAUCACAUACCUACCAUACAGCAAGAUGUGGCACAUAAAAUACGAUUUGUCAAGAUUAUAGGAAAUUUUGACUGGUGUUUAUAAUACAUAAACAUUUAUUGACAUACUUGCAAUACUGUGUGAUACUAUUACGAAAUGUAUGGUUACUUAGCACUUAAUUAGUAGUAUUUGUAUGGAUAACAAUCGUGUAUGUGUUAUGAGUUGAUGCAAUCCUGUUUAGAAUAGUUAUGGCAUAAUGUACUCUAGUUAGAAAGAGAUGGACAAGAACUAUCCCUAUUGAAAAAUGGGAUUAUAGAAAUUGUAGAAAUCUUAUGCUUAAAAUAUUUGGCUUGAUAUUAACACCAGGAACAGUUAAUGGAAGUUCAAUGAUGAUUGUUAACUAAUAAAUCCAGGAGAAUAAAAUAUAUUUUCUUUCAGGCUUGGAAAAAAUAUAGCAUUGCUAUUCUAAUUUUGAUUAAGACUUCACAUUAAAUAUUCAGCUGUGAUAUAGUAUUACACACCAGACUGCAAGUUAAAGUACUAGUUUUUAGAUUAAGCACAAGGAAAAAUUGAAUGUCAAACAACAGUAUUUGCAAACAGAAAUGAUAAAAACAUUACAAACAAGCUUGAAGAGCACAAAUAAGAGUCUAAGGCCUCACACAGAAUGCUACACCUAAAACCCGAGAGCACAAAAUGUUUUUUCUCUGUACUGAGUGCCAAGUUCGUAGAUUGUUUAUUGUAACCCUGAAAAAGUGAGACUAGAUUUGUGAGUUUGACAGAAUGUAAUAUCUUUGUAUUAAUAGAUGUGAUCAAAUAAAUAGUAACUUGUGAUGUGCAA